AUGGCAGCUAUGGUAUGCAGCAUUCUAAGGAGGAAAAAGUUGACAAGCUUGGUAACGGCUUCUGUCUGUUUCAUGCAUCCUGCCACUCACUCAGUGCUGUGGAGCAGAGGUUGUUCACAGUAUAAACGGCCUGUUGCAAUGGAAAAUCCUUAUAAGGAGCCUCUUAAGAAAUGUAUCUUGUGUGGAAAAUGUGUAGAUUAUAAGAAUGUACAGCUUUUGUCCCAGUUUAUUUCUCCAUUUACUGGAUGCAUUUAUGGAAAACAUAUAACAGGUCUUUGUGGGAAGAAACAGAAAGAAAUCACAAAAGCAAUUAAAAGAGCUCAAAUAAUGGGGUUUAUGCCAAUUACAUAUAAGGAUCCUGCAUAUCUCAAAGACCCUAAAGUUUGCAACAUCAAGUAUCGGGAAUAA